UUCGUUUCGUUUCGAUCUGCAUAUCGCACACGUCUUUCGUUUCUUUAUUAAAUAAUAAUUGUUGAAAUUGUUUUUCCCUCGUACUCAACUCGUACUAACGAAAUAAAAUCCAAAAAAAUAAAAUAAAAUAAGGCAAUAAUGAAGAUCGUCGCCCUUUUGUUCGUCGGAGGUGUAGUGGCGAACGCUGCCCGUUUGGAGAAGACCUACCUCCCGCCGGGAUACGGGGGGGCGAACGGCGGCGUUCGAACGCCCGGAUUAUUCAGCGGAGCUUACAAUGCUCCGGGCUACGGCGGGUCCGCCGGCGUAGGAUCUUAUCGGGAGAACGUUGGCAACGGACGUCCUGCAGGACAAGCGAUUGCGAUUACCCGCUACGACAAUCAGAACAUCGGAGACGGGACUUACCGUUACAACUACCAAACGGCCAACGGAAUUUCCGCCGAGGAAAACGGGGCGAGCAACGGGAACGGCGAAUCCGUGUCCGGGUCCUACUCGUACACCGGUACCGACGGCCUUCAGUACACGGUUCACUACACCGCCGAUGAGAAUGGUUUUCAUCCCGAAGGUGCUCAUCUGCCGACCCCACCUCCGAUCCCGGAUGAUAUUCGUCGCGGAGUAGAGUUGUCCCUGGCGUCGGAGGCGCGCGGUGAUAAUCAGGGAGGUCAGUACCGACCUCAAAUAUCGACUCACCGGGUAUUCGACGACUUCCACGGCAAUUCCUUCGGGGUCGGUGCUCACGGACGGGGAUACAACUAUUUCGCUACAGCAUUGUUGAUGACCAUCGGCGUCGCGGCGGCCGGUCGUUUGGAGAACACGUAUCUGCCCCCGGGAUCUGCGGCGACCGCGGGCGGCGCAGCGUUCGUCCAAGCCCCUGGAUUUACCGGUGGAUCAGUUUCCGGAUCCUCGCAUCACCACCAGGGUGGUUCGAGUUCCACGGGUGGUUCCUUCCACGGGCACAGCGGGGCGUACCAGGGACAGAGCGGCGCGUACCGCGGCCAAAGUGCCUCCUACCAGGGACAGAGCGGCUCCUACCACCAGGGGCAGAGCGGCACUUACCAAGGUCAGAGCGGUUCCUACCAAGGUCAGAGCGGUUCUUACCAAGGUCAGAGCGGUUCUUACCAAGGUCAGAGCGGACAGCGCGGACCCCAGUACGCCAUAACUCAGUACAACAACCAGAACAACGGCGACGGUGCUUACCAGUACAACUACGAGACCGAGAACGGAAUUUCCGCCCAAGAAUCCGGCGCCGUCCAGGGUGAUUCGCAGACCGUCAGCGGCUCCUAUUCUUACACCGGACCCGACGGCGUUCUCUACACUAUUCAUUACACCGCUGGACCGAACGGUUUCCAGGCCGAGGGAGCCCACAUCCCUACCCCUCCCCCAAUCCCGGAAGAGAUCCGUCGCGGAGUGGAGCUUUCUCUCGCGGCCGAAGCACGCGGCGAAAAUCAGGACGGUCAGUACCGAGCGGAGCCUCAGCAGGCGUACAACAACAACAACAACUACCAAAGUUCAGGAAUCGCCGUCGGCGCGGGACAACACGGUAACAAGGGAGGAUACAGAUACUGAGUUUCCACCCCAGGUGGAAUUUAUACAAAUGAAGGAUUUCGACCCUUAUGCGAAUAUUUAUUUUUAUACCGGAUAUAAUCGUGUUAUGCCUAUACGGUUAAUAUAGUCAUAAGUAUGCAAUAUGUAUUCUGUGUGUAAAUAAAGUCUAAGAUUUUUUCAUACAA